GUGACGUGUUUUAACUUUUGCAUAAUUUGAUAUAACCUCUUUGGUUAUAACGUUAUUAAUAAAUACUCACGCUGUUAUUUAUAUCGUUUUAAAAGUGAAAAUAUAGUAUUUCAAAGGGUUUUUCAUGGUUUUAGAUUGCAAUACUAAAACAUGGAGCAAAUAGAAUCAGUUUGGGAUUAUUUCAACAAAUGUAUUAGCAGCGAUAAUUAUAAACGGGCUCAGUGUAAAAUUUGCAAUAACAUAUACAGCCAUGCUACAACGAUAACGAACUUAAAAACCCAUUUAUUAAACAAACACGGUAAGAGUUUGAAAAGUUUGCCACGGCAACGGCGUAGCUCCAUUCAAUCUUCAAAUAAAAAACAUUGGGAUCACUUUACCAACGACGAGAGCGAUAGCAAGGUGGCCAUUUGCAAUUAUUGUCUGAACAAAUACUCGUAUAAAACUAGCAUUAACAAUUUAACUGCACAUUUGGCGAAAAAGCAUCCCGAUGUGUACGAAAAGCAUUUUGAAAAAAUUCCCGACUUGAAUGAAGUUUCCGAGGAAGUUUAUUUGGAAUGCGACGAUGACGAAUCUGACGAAUCAACAAAGUUUGCCAGCAAGGUGUCCAAGAUGCAUUCAGAAUUAGCUGAGCGCGAGGAUGAGGUUUCAGAUCUUCUUUUAAGAGAAGAAAACGACAAUAGCGACGUAUUCACGGAAGUGGUGUACCUCGACAACCAAGAUGAUCCAAGUUUAAACCGCAGCAAAAGGCGCACAAAAUGGCGGUCACAAUCAAAGAAGAUAUACAGAAGGCGACAGAGUGAUUCGUCGAGUGAAGAUAAGAAGAGUAAAGUUAAAAAGAGAAAGGUAUCAAACAAUAGUUCGUCGGAUGAUAAACAAAAGAAUGCAGCUCAAUCGGAUGAUGAAAUCGAGAAAUUUGCGAAUUAUAUCACGUGUUUAUUGAAAAAAAUGCCGCACAAUGUCAGUAGGAGAAUACAGAAGAAUAUCAUCAAUAUGAUUUUGACAACUGAUAUUGAAGAUGAACAGCAAAACGCGCCUAUGGUACAUAAUUUGGAAAUACUGAAAUCUGUUCCGUUGUCAGUUACCCAACCUGUUCCCGCGUACUUACCUAGUAUGAUACCAGUUACUUUGGAUACUGCUCUUUCUAAUAAUGUUUUGACGUCAAAGAAAGAUGAAGAAACAACCAAAAAUUCUAGCUUAAAUAUGGAAAAUCAAUCUGGCAACAGUAUCAGUGGUGAUAUUAAUAAUGAAAAUAUGUUGUGACAAUCAUUAAGAAAACUUUGUUAAUUUCCUUUAUAUAUUAGUUUCGAAUAAACUAUUUUGUAUACUACAAA